AUGACGCGAGCAGAAACGACACCCCAAACAAUUUCAGUUAAACCAAAAAGUGCUAAUUUGUGUCGAUUCAUUUGCAUCAUAGCAAUCACUGUGGUUGUAUCUAUUUCCUAUGUUGUUUAUAGAAAACCAGCCGAUUCAUUAGGAGAUCCGUCUGAUCAGUUCAUAGUUAAGAACAUCCCGAAAACCUUUACGAGGUUAGAAAGUGUUGAACCUGAAGAUAGGGACGUGUUCAAGGGUUUCCAAACUUCAUUUCUGCCCCAUGAGGAUAUAAUUUUAACACAACGAUUCGAGACUGAUUCCGAUGUUAGAGAUUUUGCGUAUACAACAAAUGAGCCUUCAAAGAGGAUCAAGCGUAGAAGCCAAAUAGCGUCUGAUGAUGAUGAGGAAGAUGAAUCAUUGCAAAAUGAUGAAUAUGAAGAGGGCAAUGUUGGUGGUUAUGAGAAUGAAGAGAACUACCAAUACGACGACGAUAGUAAAUUACAAAGUGCGGCACAUCCAGAACUAUACGUAGACCGUGGACCUCUAGACGAUGUGGAACAAGUUCGCAGACAACCUGAGCUCGAGGAAGGAGAAAUGAGUUCAGGUGCCCAUGUAUACAAACAAGUACGGUCUCAUACAGGUAUACACGGCUUUUGGAAAGGCCAAGGAGAUAGAGAAACAAUAAGAAACACACAAGCAAGCAUCAUGAAACAAUUCAUGGAUGAGAACGCAGAUCCUUGUCAUGAUUUUUAUCAAUAUGCCUGUGGAAACUGGCCUUCACUGAAUUCUAUACCAGCGGACAAGGCUGGUUAUGAUACCUUUGAAAUGCUGAGAGAAAACUUAGAUGCAGUCCUUAAAGAUCUCCUUGAAUUUAAAAGUACCGAAUAUCUAUCGUCCUCAUAUCCAGGACCACAUUUAGAUUUGGACAAGUCCUUUUUAGACGUACUUAGUCCUUCAACGUGCCCCAAUUUGCUAAAUAAAUUGCACGUAGAUAUUGUACUAAAACCCAAUGAAGAUAUUGAAGAAUUGCCCCAUUACAAUAUUAACGAGCAUGACAAAUCUGAAAUAAUAAAUAGAAUUCGAAGAUAUUUAGAUAAAGUAACAAACAAAAACAAACAUAAAACUAAAUACAAAAUACACGAGUUUUUGAACGCACACAAGCGAAGCAAAAAAUAUUUAAGACCAGCAAAGAAAUUUAAUGUUAGAAACGGACGAAAAUUACUUUCAAAGAGAAGAGUAAAAAGACGACAGAAGCCAAUAGAAGAAAUUAUAUCUCAGUUCACGGUGAAUCCAACGGAUCCAGCUCAUGGAGAUGCUACAUUAAAAGCCAGAUAUUUGUUUAAAUCUUGUAUGAAUCACGAAAUAUUGCGACAAAGGGCCCAUCAGCCGCUCUUAGACCUGCUAGAUCUUUUCGGCGGAUGGCCUAUAUUGAACCCUGAAUGGUCGUCAACAAACUUUGACUGGCUUGAACUGAUGGCUAAACUACGAUUGUUUAAUAAUGAUAUUUUGAUAUCUCAGUGGGUUGGGCCGGAUAUUAAAAACUCCGACGAGUAUGUAAUUCAAUUUGACCAAACCAGCCUAGGUUUACCAACACGCGAUUACUUUCUUCAGGGCUCAAAUCUAGCUUAUUUAGAUGCAUACAAAGCUUACUUGAUAAAAGUCGCAAUUUUGCUCGGAGGAGAGCCUGGGUAUGUGAAGACGAGCGCUGAAAAGCUAAUCGAUUUUGAAACCAAAUUAGCCAAAAUUACAUCCGCCCCCGAAGAUAGACGUAACGUAUCAGAGUUGUAUCGACGGAUGCCGUUAUCCAAGUUGGAAAUGAUGGUUCCGAAAGUCGAUUGGAGGAGAUAUUUGUGUAUCGUCAUGAAUAGAACAGUGCAUCCAGGGGAGACCGUUGUGCUCUUCGCAUUGCAUUAUGUUCGGCACUUGAUUCAAUUAAUUGAGAAGACGGAACCAACCACUUUAUCAAACUAUCUGCUAUGGCGUUUUGUGAGGCAUCGCGUCAACAAUUUGGACGACCGAUUCCAAUCGGCUAAGCAACAAUUUUAUUUCAUACUCUUUGGUCGAGAACAGUCCCCUCCACGAUGGAAGAACUGCAUUUCCCAAGUAAACUCUAAUAUGGGGAUGGCGUUAGGUUCGAUGUUUGUGCGUAAAUAUUUCGAUGAAAUGAGUAAAAAUGACACACUGACUAUGACGAGGGAGAUUCAACAAUCUUUCAGAGAUCUGCUCCAUAAGACGGAUUGGAUAGACGAUGAGACCAAAAACCUUGCUGCCCACAAAGUAGACUCGAUGAUGCUGAGAAUCGGAUACCCUGGCUUCAUUCUAAAGAAGCACGAACUAGAUGAAAGAUACAAACAAGUGAAGAUCUAUCCCGAUAAAUACUUUGAGAAUAUAUUAAAUAUUCUGCAGCAUUUGACAAAGAUGGAGCAAUCGAGAAUAGGUCAACCAGUAAACAAGACCUUAUGGAAUACAGCACCGGCGGUAGUUAAUGCUUACUAUAGUCGGAAUAAAAACCAAAUAAUGUUUCCUGCUGGGAUCCUGCAACCGCCAUUCUAUCAUCGCCAUUUCCCACGCUCGCUCAAUUUUGGGGGUAUUGGAGUUGUUAUUGGUCAUGAAAUCACCCACGGUUUCGACGACAAAGGUCGGUUAUUUGAUUGUGAAGGGAACCUACAUAGAUGGUGGUCGGACUCGGCCAUAGAGGCAUUUCAUAAACGAGCGCAAUGCCUUAUUGAUCAAUAUGGGAGAUAUACUGUUCCCGAAGUUAAUAUGAAACUAGAUGGCGUUAAUACACAGGGUGAAAAUAUAGCAGACAACGGUGGAGUAAAGCAAGCUUUUCACGCCUACUUAAACUGGCUUGAUCAACACAACGCAGAGCAUGAAACUCUUCCCGGAAUAAAUCAUACACAUACACAACUUUUCUUCCUGAAUUUCGCUCAGGUAUGGUGCGGUUCAAUGCGUCCAGAAGCGAUGCGAAAUAAACUGAAGACGGCAGUUCAUUCUCCAGGAAGGUUCAGGGUUAUUGGUACUCUUUCAAAUUCUGAUGACUUUGCUAGAGAAUUCCAAUGUCCAAUUGGGUCACCUAUGAACCCCAAGCAAAAGUGUAGUGUUUGGUGAACAUUGCUUUAAUUAAGUAUAGGUCACGUCAUACGCCAAAAAUACUCGGUUUUAUUGAGUACUGGCCAUGUACUGUUUAGUUAAUAGGUGCAUUAGGCAUUAUAUGUUAUAAUUUUAUUAUUAUUACUCUAAUUACUUAUUAUAUUUCCUGUAGUAGAUUUAAAUUCAUAUUUUUAAACUUAUUUAUUUAUACUAUCCGAUGGUAGAAACAAUGGUUAACCAUUAUUACAACAAAAACAUUUUAAACGUGUACUAACGCCCGAACCCAAUAACCUAUCUCUCAAU